GCAGAGACGCUCAUAAUUCAACCGCUCCCAUCUUCCAGCUCGCUCCGCACCUCUCAUCCUGAUCUCAGCCCCCGGUCUUGUCUUUUUCGCUGACACAGUGCCUUAAAACAAUAUAUUCGCCCUUCAGACCAUAGCCGCAAAACACCCGCAGACAACCAUGGCCAAAACUGCAAUUGCAUACAAAGAGAAGAUGAAGGAGCUGUCUGUUUUCUCCCUCAUCUGCUCCUGCUUUUAUCCGGAGGCACGCAACAAGCUGGUCGUCUGUGAGUUCGAAGACAUGGAGGUGAAGCCAAUCAACAAGCGGGCGUCGGGCCAGGCCUUUGAGGUGAUUCUGAAGCCCCCAUCCCCGGUGUCAGAUGCGGCCCACAGCAUCGCUUCGCCUCCCAAGAGGGAAGUGUCCCUAGAGGACAUCCAGAAGAAAUUGGAGGCAGCUGAGGACCGGAGGAGGUCCCAGGAGGCCCAGGUGCUGAGGGCCCUGGCAGAGAAGAGGGAGCAUGAGAGGGAUGUGCUGCUCAAGGCCAUGGAAGAGAACAACAACUUCAGCAAAAUGGCAGAGGAGAAGCUCACCAUGAAGAUGGAGCAAAUCAAGGAGAACCGGGAGGCCCACCUGGCAGCCAUGAUGGAACGCCUGCAGGAAAAGGAGAGACACGCAGCCGUGGUGCGCAGGAACAAAGAGCUGAGGGAGGAGCUGACAGCGUGAGCCCCACCUCUCCCCAACGUCCACCAAUCACGUCCCCCAACCCAGCCUCACCCCUGGAAACUCCACAGCAGACAGCAAGCCCUGGAGUCCUGGAAGGUGGAGGACUUCACUACCAACACACUACACCA